GUUCGACCUUCUGACAGUUUUUGGAACACAUGUAGCGAUGUUGAUAAGAUCAGAGCACUCACAGAUUGCUACGUGGUAGCGAACAAACAGAGCAAAGUGGAUGAGGAUUUUCGGGAUAAAGUGCGGGAUACUUUUGCCACUAUGGAAGAUUGCAUAGAAAACAACGAGAUGUCGUCACCAGUAUUGCAACUUUGGCGAGACAUCAGAGAAAUCUCAGAACGGCAUCUGAAGCAUUUCUACAACAUGCUAAACAUUGAGUUUGAUAGGUGGCAAUAUGAGUCUUCAUAUGUAACGGCUGCUCGCCGUCUGACUGCUGCCCUUCUCAAAGAUCAAAUAGCUCGAGUAGCGCCAAGCGGUAUCUCCGUUGUAGAUAUCAAUGGCGAAUUGGAAGAGUACGCCGUUGUAAGGAGAAGUGAUCACACAACGCUUUAUUUAUCGAGAGAAUUAGCAUGUAUUUUGAACCGUGAUGAGCUCUUCCAUGCUGACCGAUAUCUCUACGUAGUUGAUCGAGCGCAGCGGAAACAUUUUGAAGCAUUGCGGUCAAUCCUGAAACGCAUAGGCAGAGUGGAUCUGGCAGAGAAGGUCGAGCAUGUGCCAUAUGGAAGAGUAAAAGGACUAUCGACGAGGUAUAGCUAA